AUGGACCCCAAUUACAGAGGCGGGGACUCGAACGAGUUAUCGCCUGAAACUCGAGGCCCAGACGGGGAGGUUAGAGAACCAUCCGACGGUACCCCCGCCACCCCAAGCGAUAGCAUUCUAGGCUCCGACGAGGAGACCUCUCUGGCUGAGGAGGCUGAGCAGCCAGAAGCUGCCAAUGAUACUCCCAACUCCCCAGCCGGCUCUGAUGACGGCCGGGUUGAAAGCAAAGAAGCCAAGAAGAUGCUGCCCACCGCCAAGACACCCGCAAAAAAGGCUUCAAAUAUCCAAAAGGAGAAUCUGGAGAAGAAACUUGCCGCUCAGGCGGCUAAGAAGGAUGGGGGUGUUAUUCCCCGUUCCUUGCAAAAACAGAUCCGGCAAAGGCCGUCUGUUGAAGAACCGGCACUCAAGGUGCCAAGAACUGCUUCUACCGACCGGGCUACAACCGGCGGUAAAACAAUAAAGACCCCAGGCGGGUCUAACACUGAGAAGGCCUUAGAGGCCACUCCAAUAAAGACCGCAACCAGUCCAUCUGCUUCUGGAAGCCAAAAGGCUUCUCAAAAAGGUACAAGCCCUUUCGAUCUCACAUUGCUCGACAUACCCUUGCGGGUAAAAUCGUACUCCUCUUCGCAGCCGGGAGAUUCUCCGAUCAGCCGACUGUCCGUUGGUGGAGCGUAUGCAGCAUUCUCACCGUCUGUUUCUGGUGCAGAUAACUCACCACGCUGGCCGGACGCUGCUCAAUACGCCCGGGCCAUGCUGAAAGCCGUCCCCCGGGAUGAGAAGGAGGCGAUUCCUAGAAUCAAUACCUUCAAUGCCGACCGGGAUAUGGUCGACCUGGCCGAUGCACUGCUCCGCGUGGAGGGGCUUAAGAAGGCCUACAUCCGCAAACAGGAAGAGGUAAGAAGAGCCAAAUGUUCUGCGGAUGACGCACAUAGCGUUUCUCACUAUUCCAUGAUUGUGCAUGACUUAGAAACUAAAGCUAUAAUCAUGCAACAGACGGAUCAGGUCAAGUCCCUCCAACGGGCCCUCUCCGAGCAAAAGCUCAAGCUGGACAACCUCCAGGCGGCCCUGGAUAAUGCUGAAGACGAGCUAAAAAAGCAUGAAGAGCCCCUCAAGCGGCUCGACCAGGCGGAGAAGAGCAGCGAACGACUGCUAUUAGAGAAUGACCACCUGGUCAAGGAGGCUGCCGAAGCUCAGCGUAAUUUCCAGUCCACCCUAGAGGUUGAUCAGAGCCGGCUCAUAGAGGAGAAUGAGCAGGACUGCCAAAACAGAAUGAAGAGGGCGUUCUCCAUCAUCCACCCGGGUGUAGAUUACAACGUCUGGGAGCUCGCCUACAAGUACGCAGACCUUGCCAUUCUGGCUGAAGAGGAGGGCCAGCCGGGGCCCGGACCGUAUGAGCAAUGGGUGGAAGCCGAGUUCCAGCGAAUGCAGGCGGAAGCGACUGCUUUGGAGACGACAGUCGAGGAUGAGGUUGCUCCCGGCUCCGUCCCCAACGCCGACCCGGCUCAUCCGGAAGGGAGCCAGGCUCAGGGCGACCGGGUAACAGUGAAUGUAGAGUAG